AAGUAUCUUCCCAAUGCAUUCCAAGUUCAGUUUUUUAACUUCAACAUUCUACUACAAUUAGCAGCAAUACCAUGUGGGUGGCUCCCCAAAUUUGCCACUGAUAUCAUUAUAUCGCCAUCUCCAAUUGCGUCGAUCUUCCUAACCGAAACCCCUUUCCGAUUGAAUUUCAGUAGCCAUGUCAAUUGUCACCAAUAGUUGCUCUAUGCUCCCUCAGUUCUGCACAAAUGAUAUUCCAUCUUCAACUUCUUCUAAACCCUAUCGCUUCAGUGCGAAUCCGAGAACAUGUCGAAUCAGAUGUCAAUCAACAAGUACAGAUGAGAAGACGAAUAAGAGUAGGAAUGUUUUGGAUAACGCAAGCAAUUUAUUGACUAAUUUCUUGAGUGGUGGAAGCAUAGGUUCCAUGCCUGUAGCUGAAGGUGCUGUGUCUGAUUUGUUUGGGAAACCUCUUUUCUUCUCUUUGUUUGACUGGUUUAUAGAGCAUGGCUCGGUUUAUAAACUUGCUUUUGGUCCAAAAGCAUUUGUAGUUGUAUCUGAUCCAAUUGUUGCCCGAUAUAUUCUUCGUGAAAAUGCAUUUUCAUAUGAUAAGGGUGUUCUUGCUGAUAUUCUGGAACCAAUCAUGGGGAAAGGAUUAAUUCCUGCUGACUUGGAGACUUGGAAGCAAAGGAGAAGAGUUAUAGCUCCCGGAUUCCACACCUUAUAUCUGGAAGCCAUGGUGCAAAUGUUUGCCAAUUGUUCAGAAAGAACAAUAUCUAAACUCGAGAACCUUCUAGAAGCAAAAAACUCACAAGGAGAACAUGAGAUCGAGUUAGAUCUCGAAGCAGAAUUCUCAAAUUUGGCACUUGACAUAAUCGGUCUUGGUGUUUUCAAUUAUGACUUUGGUUCUGUCACAAAAGAAUCUCCUGUCAUUAAGGCAGUAUAUGGUACACUUUUUGAAGCUGAACAUCGUUCUACAUUCUACAUUCCUUACUGGAAAUUUCCUUUAGCUAGAUGGCUUGUUCCAAGACAAAGAAAGUUUGCAAAUGAUCUCAAGAUUAUUAAUGAUUGUCUCGAUGGUCUUAUAAAAAAUGCAAAAGAUACAAGACAGGAAACAGAUGUUGAGAAAUUGCAACAAAGGGACUACAAAAAUCUUAAGGAUGCGAGUCUUUUGCGUUUCUUGGUUGACAUGAGAGGAGUUGAUGUUGAUGAUCGUCAAUUACGAGAUGACUUGAUGACAAUGCUUAUUGCUGGGCAUGAAACAACAGCUGCUGUUCUUACUUGGGCUGUCUUCCUUCUUGCUCAACAUCCAGACAAAAUGAAGAAAGCACAAGCUGAAAUCGAUACAGUCAUCUCAGAGGAUGGAAUAACUUUGGAGUCCCUUAAAAAACUAGAAUACGUUAGACUCAUCAUUUCUGAGAGUUUACGUUUAUACCCUCAGCCUCCAUUGCUCAUCAGACGUUCUUUAAAAUCAGAUAUAUUACCAGGAGGUUGUAAGGGUGAUAAACAGGGAUACCAAAUUCCUGCUGGAACAGAUAUUUUUAUUUCAAUAUAUAAUCUCCAUAGAUCUCCAUACUUCUGGGAGAAUCCGAAUGAAUUUGAACCAGAAAGGUUUCUAGUUCAAAAAGAUAACAAUAAUAUUGAAGGGUGGGCUGGUUUUGAUCCAUCUAGAAGCCCUGGAGCUCUUUACCCAAAUGAGAUUGUAUCAGAUUUUGCUUUCUUACCAUUUGGUGGAGGACCUAGAAGAUGUGUAGGAGAUCAGUUUGCGUUAAUGGAGUCGACAAUAGCUUUAGCCAUGCUAUUAUGGAAGUUUGAUGUGGAGUUGAAAGGAUCGCCGGAGUCUGUGGAGCUUGUCACCGGAGCAACCAUCCAUACUAAGAACGGACUCUUCUGCAAACUCAAGAACAGAUCUCGCAGAGAAGAUUGAAUUCAGGUGAUUUUUGUUGUAUUAUUGUAGUGAAAUUAAUCAAAUAUUGAUACAGAAAUUAACGAAGAAAAUAGAAGAAUGAAUAUCAUCUCAUCUGCCAUUAAA